AGUAAUGGAUCAGUAUUAAUAAUUCCUGGCCUGCCGCCUUUCAGUUGAAGGAGAAGCGGAAGUGAGGACGGGCCUGCGAUGAUCUCACAGCGGAUGUGCCGGAACGCUGCCGGCAGUGUUGUGAACACGUGAGGCUGAUUUUGCUAUACGGAUCAUUGACGUGCAGGUUGAGCUUCCAUGGCAGGGAUUCUGUUUGAAGACAUAUUUGAUGUAAAGGAUAUUGAUCCUGAUGGGAUGAAAUUUGAUAGAGUUUCCCGACUGCAUUGUGAGAGUGAGUCAUUCAAGAUGGAUCUGAUUCUUGAUGUAAAUAUUCAGAUUUACCCUGUGGACCUCGGUGACAAGUUUCGCUUGGUAAUUGCCAGCACUCUGUAUGAAGAUGGAACCCCAGAUGACGGAGAAUACAAUCCCACUGAUGAGCGACCUUCCAGGGCUGAUCAAUUUGACUAUGUAAUGUAUGGAAAAGUGUAUCGAAUUGAAGGUGAUGAGACAUCAACUGAGGCUGCUACUCGGCUAUCUGCCUAUGUCUCUUAUGGUGGUCUUCUGAUGCGACUCCAGGGUGAUGCUAACAACCUGCAUGGCUUUGAGGUGGACUCCAGAGUGUACCUGUUAAUGAAGAAGCUGGCAUUCUAAAAAAAAAAAAAAAAUUUGUUUUUUGCUGUCAUCGUUUACUUUUUCCCAGAAGAAAAGCAACAAUAUCUGUAAAGGGAUCAAGGCUGUACACAGUUCAUUUACAGUAAUUAUGUUGAUGGCCAAGACAGCUAACUUUGGAUGCAACAAACAGCAGAUACAAAAUGGCAGUUUCUCAUGCAGUUUUUUAUUUUAAAAAGGACAUGAAUGGAAAAAUGACACUGAUAUAAACUCUCAUAACUGAACGUGUUUUCCAUUGUAAAUAAUCUUUUCUUAAAUAAUAAAAUGCUGCACAUUUUUUGCUGUAUUAGCUAGUCACAUCUUGGUUUUGGGUUUUGGAUAAAUGUAUAAACAAGGGAACUUUGCAGGAAAUCCGUGAAAACUGUGCUUACUUAAAGUUUUGUUUAUCCAGGUAAACCAAAGGCUAAUGCUUUCAACCAUGAACAAUUUUGAGCCAAGUAGAAGAAGCUUGGUCUCCUUCUGCACUGCCUUCAUUCCAGACAUAUGCUUUUGCAGAGUAAAUUUAUUCAAGGUAGAAGUAUCCUGCUGCAAAUACUGAAAGGUUUAUUGCUACAUUAUUAAAGUGACAAAAGGUUUUGUUCUGUAUCUUUUAAACAUUGCAAAAGCCAUUA